AUGUCCGCAGAAAACACUGCAAACAGUCCAGUCACUCCUCUUUACGAUGAACCCUCUUUUCCUCUUAUGACUGCCACGGUUACUCAUUCAAAUUCCUACUGGACUAAUGGAUUUCAGAACUCUGUCGAUUCACCUCAAGACCUGCCUGUACCAGUGAUAAACUACUCCUCCGGUUCUUCUCCGCUUGUGGAUAUCACCUUCAAUAAUGAGCAGCAAUGCAACAUGGAACCGUCAACAAGAUACGGACACCAUUAUUGUCCAAGCGAGUACACGUAUGGCAAUAAUAUUGUUAAAAUCCAGGUGGCGACAUCAUUAGAUGAGUCGUUGACCCUAAAAACAUGA